AUGACAGGUGAAAAUCAGACUGUGGUGACAACAUUCAUUUUGAUUGGAUUUUCAGACCACCCCAGAGCUCAAAUUAUGCUCUUCUGGCUGCUUCUGGUGGUCUACUUCCUCACUCUGCUUGGCAAUGGACUCAUGAUAGUGGUCAUUAUUGCUGAUUCCCAUCUUCACACACCUAUGUAUUUCUUCCUCAGCAACCUUUCCUUGAUAGAUAUUUUCUACACCACCAGCAGCAUACCUCAAAUCCUAGCCAACUCUUUCACUUACAGGGCUUCCAUUCCUGUCCUGAACUGUUUGACUCAGAUGUAUAGCGGUCUCUUUUUUGGGAUGACUGAGUGUCUCCUUCUAGCUGUAAUGGCGUAUGACCGAUUUGCGGCUGUGUGCCAUCCCCUUCAUUACACCUUAAUCAUGAGCAAUAAGGUUUGCAUCUCCUUGGUGGCCUCAUGUUGGACGUCUGCUUUUCUGCUAACAGUUAUCCCUAUAUAUUUCAUGCCGGUCCAUUUCUGUGGUCCGAACCUCAUAAAUCAUUUUUUGUGUGAAGCUCGGGUGGUCUAUACGCUGGCCUGUUCCAAUGUCCGCAUCAACAAGAUCUUCACCAUUGCUCGAGGAAUCCCCGUGUUGGUAGUUCCCUUUGUCUUCAUCGUGGUGACCUAUAUUCGCAUCGGCCUGGCAGUGUUGAGGAUCCGUUCAGCAGAGGGUCGUAGCAAAGCGUUCUCCACCUGUGGCUCCCAUCUGAUCGUGGUCAGCAUAUUCUACGGCUCGGCCAUGUCUGCGUACCUUCGGCCCCAGAGCAAAUCCUCCUCCGAUCAGAACAAGUUGAUUUCCAUAUUGUAUGGUAUGCUGACUCCUAUGCUCAACCCCAUGAUCUACAGCCUGAGGAACAAGGAUGUGAAGGGAGCCAUGUGCAGAGUGAUCAAGAAGAAGCCAAAAGAAUGA